CUGGAUUUGACACAGCUCACGGUUUUCUCGAACACCGCAUCGGCGCGAAAACGCGAAAUCGGCGAAAACGCGAAAACGGCGAAAACGGGAAAACGGCGAGAACGACGAAAACCGUUUUCUAGGUUUUCUCGUUUUGCCGGUUUUCUUGGUUGCGGUUUUCACGCUCAAAGGCAAGAGAAGCAAGAAGACGGCGAAACUUAGGGAUCACCUUCCUCAAUCCUUCCUCCCAUGACGCUGCCCCGAUCUUCUUUUGCGCGAACUCCAACGAGCUCUCUAUUGGAGUGGAUGCACCGUGCGCCUUUGGGGGAGCCUACACCCCAAUCAGGCGGCUCAACGUGUGUCCGAGCAGUAGCUGCGCGGGGCCCGAUAGGACACAAUGCGCCGCCAGAACCCGGACGUGAAUUCGGGCCUCGCUCGGUCCUGACGAUCGGGUUUGUUAUGGUAAGUAAGCAUGCAUCUUUUCUUCGCAGCCGCCCUUCACCACCAGGCUAGAAUCUUGGCUUGUUAACAUCCAACUACCCUGUUUCAGCGUGAGCAUCUAGCUAUAUAUUUAGCCGAGGUCAAGAAGAAAACUGGAGAUGUCUUAAUGACUUGCAAGGCAUACAAUGGGAGAUGUGUGCUGGAGAACUUAGCCUUGGAGCUCGGGAAUGCCUUGGCUGGGGCGGCUUAUCCCAACCAUCAACGAUUGACCUUAGCUGCUGUUUGCAUGUGCCCAGGCCAGUCUAUUGAAACAAAAUACAAAGUGUUCACGGAAGGCAAGCCAGGAAGGCAAGCCCCACUGAACUAACUUAGAGUCCAUCGCAAGCCCUUGGUUUCCAAUCUGUCCUUGCGUCGCAAGAGCUCGUCGAUUCCGCGCAAGGAGAGCCAUGAGGCAUGCCACGGCUCUUCAGUUUGAUGGAGAGGAAUGGACGUCGUCUGAUUCUUGUUUUUCUUUCAUCCCUGGGUUCCCUCUGGAUAGACUUGGUCACGUUAUCUGGUCGUUCAUGCGUAGUGCCUGUGAUGAGGUGAUAUUCCUUUUGGAUUGGAGAUUAAGAUCAUUCUGAUUCACUGAACUAUUUACUAAGAUUCGUGAAUUGAACUUAAACUUCAACCGUUGAGAUUUAGUGCACAACUAAGGAGCAUAAUAAUUGAAAACCCUCGAAAGUGGCGAAGACUAAGAAAACAACGACUGCGCCGCGAAGCCGGCACAAACGGCGAAAACUACGAAAAUGGCGAAAACGACAAAAAUACGCAAACGGGCGAAAACGGCGAAAGCGGCGAAAACGCGAAAACGGCGAAAACGCGAAAACGGCGAAAACGCGAAAACGGCGAAAACGCGAAAACGGCGAAAACGGGAAAACGGCGAGAACGAUGAAAACCGUUGUCUUGGUUUUCUCGUUUUGCCGGUUUUCUUGGUUGCGGUUUUCACGCUCAAAGGCAAGACAAGCAAGAAGACGUAAGCAAACUGGAAAAAGCUUCCACACAGGAAAACGCGAAAACGAUUUUCUCGGUUUUCUGGUUUUCUCGGUUUUCUCGGUUUUGUCGUCGCAUCGCGCGGGCCACGACGCAGGUUUUGUGUUCUUAGUGUGCGGUUCGACUCCCCCCUGCGCGCGGUGAGCGGGACCACCAAGCAGCUGCAGCACACCAAGCAUCUGCAGUCUACCACCAAGCAGCUGCAGCAAACCACAAAGGAGCAGCAGCAGCAGCAGCAGCAUACCCAACGCCGCAGCAGCAGCAGCCGCAGCAGACCACCCAGCGCCAGCAGCAGCAGCAGACGACCCGGCGCCUGCAGAGCACCCAGCGCAGCAGCGCCCAGCGCAGCAGCGGCAGCAGCAGCAGCAGCAGACCACCGGAAGCCCGGCUAGCUUUCGUUCACCCCCUCUGGCCUCAAGUUGGUGGAUCUUGCCCUUCAAUGAGAUGCCAGGAGAACAGCCAUGCACAGCAGGGGAUCCAAAGAGCGCUCUUUGCCUUCGAAGGCCAUGGCGGGUUCCAGCCAGCUCCUCCGAUGCUUUCUUCUCAGCCUCCUGGAGCAACGUGUCCUAGUAGCGAUGCACUUGUUACUAGUGUGUCAUGGAAUUGCCUUCCGGGGUCGGCAGAGCUUUACGCUGACAGCUACGACUUACUGAUGGAACCGGUGGAGGACAUCCUGGACGAACAUGAGCACUGUGGAUGGGGAAAUCCCUUAGACCUCACAGUGAAGGCAACAACCUCCAGCAGCUUUGAGGAAUUUAUUGAGAUGCGAGAGGAUGACUGUGGCAACCGUGUCCUGAUGAUGGGCGGAUUCCUUCAAUGCCAUAGCGUAGAUGAACAUCUUUACCACGAGAUGAUGGUCCAUCCAGCCUUCACGGCUUUUCAGCUUCAGGCAGGCAGGGGCCCCGAGACGAUCUUCUUGGGCGGCUCCGGUGAUGGCGCCGGCCCACGGGAGGUGUUGCGAUGGAGAAGUGUCCGAAAUGUGACCAUGGUCGACAUCGACUACGAAGUUACAAGAUUUUCCCUGGAAUGGAUGCCAACUCUCUCGAAUGGCAGUUUCAAGGACCCGCGAUUAAAGGUGGUCACUGGAGAUGCGAUGGCAUUUCUGCAGGAGCUGCCUGAGGAGACCGCCUUUGACGUUUUAAUCAUGGACUUCCCAGAUGUGGCUGACAGCCAGGUCUUAGAGAAACUCUACAGCGAAGACUUCUACCGCCUGUGCCGCCGCCACAUGCACGCUGCAAGCGUGCUGGCGGUCCAAACUGGGCCCUGCUCACAGACGACCCGGGCAGGCUACAAAGCCAGAUGCCAGAUGCUGCAGCAGUCAAUCUUGCCGAACAUCGCCAAAGUCUUCCAAGAGGCAGAAGUCCUGCUGCAUCCGAUGGCCACCUGGAAAGUGGACAGGAAAUUUCCCUCUGAGUGGUCCAGCUUUACCCUGGCGAGGCUCUCAAGCGAGGAGUUAGACUACAGCAGGGAGGUCUGGCGGGAGCACAUCGAUGGAGAACUGAGGUACUACAGCGGCGAGAAGCAUUGGGCAGCGCUCAACCACCCGCUUCCCCUCGCGAAUCAUCUUCGGGAACUGCUGCGGAAGCCGCCCAAGCCCAAAGCUGCGCGAGCUGCGAACUCCGAGCUAUAAGGCUCCGAGGCUCGUUCACGACACCCCAUGUUCGUUCGUGCCUCCAUCGGCGCCUUCGAAGGCGGUUUGACCAGAACCUGCAUUCGUCGC